AUGAAACGCCAAAACAUCAGGACUCUGGCACUCAUAGUGUGUACACUGACAUACCUUGUUAUUGGGGCUGCAGUCUUUGAUGCUCUAGAAUCAGAGGAGGAGAUCAAACAGAAGAAAAUUCUCGAGGAGCAGGAGAUCCUUUGGCGAAGACGCUACAACAUUUCUGAGGAGGAUUUUGAUAAAAUAACUCAAUUGGGCAUUCAGCGAAAGCCAUACAAGGCUGGAACUCAAUGGAAAUUUACUGGUGCUUUCUAUUUUGCUACAACAGUGAUAACAACCAUCGGUUAUGGUCAUUGCACUCCUAAAACAAAGGCAGGAAAGAUAUUCUGCAUGGUUUACGCUCUUCCAGGAAUUCCACUGUGCCUCGUGAUGUUUCAAAGCAUUGGUGAGAGGAUCAAUACGCUUAUCACUCGACUUCUCCGUCGGCUAAUAAGCCUACUCCGUUGUAAAAACCAAACAGUCUCCCAAUCUCACUUAAUCUUUGUUAGCGCCAAUGUAGUGACCAUUGUCGUCACGGCCGGGGCAGCCGUAUUUGCUGAGUAUGAAAAUUGGCCCUACUUAGACGCUCUCUACUACUGUUUUAUCACUCUUACUACCAUUGGUUUCGGUGAUAUUGUAGCCCUACAGAGAGAAGAUUCUCUUGCAAAACAACCAUACUAUGUUGCCUUCAGUCUGGUUUUCAUUCUUUUUGGCUUGACUGUGGUGAGCUCAGUUAUGAAUUUAUUGGUGUUACGAUUCCUUACCAUGAACGCUGAUGAUCAAAGACGAGAUGAUUUAGAAGCGGCUGCUCAAGCUCAAGAAUUGAGACGGCUUCACGGUGACGUGAUCCAUUCUGUUAUUGGUAUGACGAAUCUUCUGCCUCCAAAUACCCGCGAAGAUAAAGUCAUGAGAAUAAAUACCGAUCAAUUUAAUGAAAUAUCAAAGAUGAGGGAAAUAAAUAACUUGAAACAGACGCAUCUUAGUUAUCCCUAUACCGAUGACCCAGUUAGGAAUCAAUUCCAGCCCAUCGACAUUCAACACUCUGCACUUGUGCUCCUUGUUGAAAAGUAUUUCCGCUCUUUUGCUAGACUCUUUAGUCACGAAACGCAGCAGAAUUCAGAUCCACCUACAGAGAACCUUAUGCAUAUUGCUGAAGAUCGGAUUACAGCUACAGCUUCCUAUACAGAGUCUGAAACUUACGAUGAAGAGUAUUCUCCGUGGAUCUGUCAAAAUGGUGAAAAAUCAGAAGCCAGAGAUUAUCCUCAACAAGUCUUUCGGUUUACUGAUUCCUGCUACAAAAGUGGAACCAAAAACAAAGAGGCUGACAAACAACCACCGAAAGGAGAAAUUGUAGUGAUUCCAUCCAUCUACCCAAGGGAUCAAAAUGCAGAGACGAAACAAGAGAAAACCAAUCAUUCCAGUGAAAAUAUUUCCGGCCUACAUGUUCUACCCACCGAUGAAUGCGAAUCUCCACCUCGAAAGUAUUUCCGAUAUUCCACAUUUGAUCGAGCAUCAUGCUGA